CACUACAAUUGGGACCAGUCAACUCCCAGCCGCGUUACUUACAGACCUCCUUUCUUAUUCCUUAAUACCUUAACCCUUUUAGAAAUUCGAGACCAGCUCUGACGUGGUAGUAGAGAGCUAUACUCCUACCACUGACCCUUAAAAAAUAAUACCUAGGUAACAACGUCAGACAAAAAGAAAAGGCAUCCCCAACAUGGCUGCUCCUGAGGUUCAUCAUCUCUUCCAUCGUCCUAUUGCCGACCAUUCAUUCUCGGCCGAUCGCAAGACAUUGGCCGUAGCCAAAGACUCUACUAUCGAGUUAUACGGCAAAGUCGGUAGUGCUUUCAAGUUGAAGGAUGAAUUGAAAGGUCACGAUAAGACUAUUACCGGUAUUGACAUUGCUCCUGAAAGUGGCCGUAUUGUCACAUGCUCUCAAGAUCGUAAUGCUCUAGUUUGGGAACCUUCGCCUACUGGUUACAAGCCAACUUUGGUGCUUCUUAGAAUUGCCCGGGCAGCUACAUUUGUGCGUUGGUCUCCAUCUGAGACCAAGUUCGCCGUCGGAUCUGGUGAUCGGGUUAUUGCUAUCUGCUACUUUGAGGAAGAGAACGAUUGGUGGGUCUCCAAGCAUUUAAAGAAGCCUAUUCGGAGUACCAUCACCACUGUUAGUUGGCAUCCUAACUCAGUGCUACUCGCCGCUGGUUCUACCGACGCCCAUGCGAGAGUCUUCUCAAGCUUCAUCAAAGGUGUCGACGCUCGCCCGGAACCUAGCGUCUGGGGUGAACGUCUACCUUUCAACACCGUCUGUGGAGAGUUUCUCAAUAACUCUGCUGGAUGGGUAAACUCUGUCGCAUUCUCUCCCAGCGGUGAUGCCCUCGCUUUUGCUGCUCAUGAUAGUAGUAUUACUGUCGUCUACCCUACCGGUCCCGAACAACCCCCGAGAGCUGUUAUUAGCGUCAACACUCAACUCCUGCCCUUCAUGAGCUUAAUCUGGAAUGGUGAGAGUGAAAUCAUUGCGGCUGGAUAUGACUGCGAGGCAUUCAGGUUCAGAGGUGAUGCAUCUGGGUGGCAACUGAGCGGCACAUUAGAAUCCAAAGGGAAAUCUGGACCAGGUGAUGCUCGAGAAGAUUCUGCAUUGAAUAUGUUCCGGCAGAUGGAUUUGAAAGGAAAAGUCAAAGAUGACACUCAGCUAAAGACCGUUCACCAGAACACCAUCACAACAGUGCGUGCCUACGAAUCCAACGGUGGAUCUGUCAGCAAAUUUAGCACAAGUGGUGUUGAUGGUAGAAUUGUCAUCUGGCAUACAUAGGUUCAAAGACAAUAAACACAGAUGUUAACUUGAGGUGUUUCAAGACACGUUUAUCACCCUUUGUUCUCGUCGCAUAAUGUCUCUGUCUCUAUCGCGCUUACAUGAAAUUUCACUGCGUAAAUUAUGAGUUCCAUGAAUUUCUAGAAGUGCGCAGUUUAUCCAACCUAAAUACCGUAUUUAUACUGAAAAUUUCCCUUCAAAGACACAAUAUAUUAUAUCUUCC